UUGUUCAAAAACCUUCAAAUCCAAGCAAGCUUUUCCACAUCCUAUAAAAGCUAUGUUUGACAUAUCAGUUCCUGAAGCACAGUCAAUUAUCCUCAAACGGCUAAAAGGAGAGCUUUUGGAGAAAUAUCAGCCGGCAAAAACAGGCUGAAUUGAAAACCGGUUAGAUCCCAGCUUCUCUUCUCUAUCCACCUUACUCAUUAUAUAACGCGCUUCUAUCCCUACUUUAAUCCCUGCGGCGCAUUUCUUCUGAGUCUUUUCCUCCCAUCUCCUUGUUGGCGUGGGUGUAAGCUAAGGAAUACGCUUCGAGAAAGAAAGAAUGAAGGAAGAAAUGAAAGAGAUGGUUCAAACAUUGGAGGAAAUCAAAGGUGGGGGAGGGUCCAUGAAGGUUGGAACCACAGGCACAAUUAGUGCUCUUGUUUCCAAAGAGUUAGAUGGUGUGAAACCUUCUGUAGCUGGACCAAUAAAAAAGAAGCCGCCAUCCAUCUGUUCUUUCGUUGCUGGUGCUGCUACCAGUCCUAAACGAAUGAGACCCAAAACAUCAUCAUCAAUAAACGAAACCAUCAGUGGAAAUGACAGUAAUAGCCCUGAAGUCGGGCGAAAGGUGAAGAACUACACCAGGAAAACCCAUGAAAUUCCCAUACUAGAAUCAGGACGCUUGUCCGUGGAUGAAACAACUACCCCGAUUAGAGAGAAAGGCGUUAGGAGGGGGUCUCGUAUAGUGGAAAUCGUAGAUCUAAAAUGUGGAAACCGUGAAAAGCAAUGGCCAACCCUUAAGAAGUUUAGUUUCUCUAAGCUCUCAGGAACUGCUGUUUAACCUCCAACCUCUAACACAUCCCCAUGCUUCUUACAUCAAGAAACUACCGCUUUUAACUCUUUGCAUUAUGCAACUUAUGUUGUAGAAUACUAUGAUUCCUCUACAGAUCAAGAAUUAGUACAUCUUUCACCAUUUUCCCAUUUGUAUGUUUGGAUAAAAGGAUGAAAAAAUUGGAUCUCUUUGGCCUUAAACUUGGACUAUUAUAUUUUGGCUAGGCUUCAUGAGUUUAUGAGCAUUUGUCUUUACAUUAUUCAUAUUAUGAUGUUGAAACUUUGACAGAAUGCAAAUAUGCAAUAGUAUAAGAGCCUCUUUUUGUCAUUUGUAUUUUCUCAUUUAAAUAUCAUAAAUGUCUUUCUGCGAA